AUGCCUAGUUAUGCUAAGUUCCUUAAGGACAUCCUAAGUAAGAAGAAGAAGCUGACCAAGUAUAAAAUCAUAGCUCUUACUGAAGAAUGUAGUGCACUUCUGACCAGCAAGAUACCUCCUAAGCUUAAAAACCCGGGAAGUUUCAGUAUUCCUUGUUCUCUAGGUGGGAAGGAGAUUGGGAAAGAUUUGUGUGACUUAGGUGCAAGUAUCAACCUCAUGCUUUUAUCUGUUUUCAAUACCUUAGGCAUAGGAGAGGCUAGACCUAUCACUGUUACUCUUCAAUUGGCCAACAAAUCCAUUGCAUAUCCUAAGGGAAAAAUUGAAGAUAUUUUAGUGCAAGUUGACAAGUUCAUAUUUUCGGCAGAUUUUAUCAUCUUAAACUUUGAGGCCGAUAAGGAGAUUCCUAUCAUUUUAGAGAGACCAUUCCUAGCCACCGGAAUAACUUUGAUAGAUGUCCAGAAAGGAGAGCUGACUAUGAGCCUCCAGGACCAAAAAGUCGCAUUUAAUGUUUUCAAUUCUUUGAAAGCCCUUAAGUAUAAAGAAGAGAGUGAUGAGGUAAUAGAGAAAAUGACUGUUAAGGAAUUAGAGGUAGUAGGAUAUGAUGUUGUCACAGUAGAUGAUGCAACAUUUGAGUUGCUAGAAAAUAGAGAGCAGAACGACUUCACCUCAUCCAUUAUAUCACCACCUGACUUGGAGUUGAAACAACUCCCAUCUCAUUUGAAGUAUGAUUUUCUAAGAGAAGAAGGCAAAUUGUUUGUCAUCAUCUCAUCUACCCUAGAUUUGCAUCAAGAGAAGAAAUUAGUGGAUAUGUUGAAGUUGCACACAAAAGUUAUAGAUGGACCAUUGACGACCAAAAGGGGAUUAGUCCUUCUUUUUGUCAACAUAAAAUCAUCCAAGAUGACAAUAACUUCACAUUCAUAG